UGAGUCACGUGACUAUGGCGGAGUGAUUGUCCAACAGGAACACUUGAAGAUCAGGAAGAGGAGUGUGAAGAUGACAGCAGUUGUAGUUGUGCACGGUGGGGCUUGGGCCAUACCUGACGAUCUCGCCAAGGCCUCUGUUGAUGGAGUGAAGGCUGCAGCAUGUGAAGGGUUUUCUGUGCUGAAAAGAGGAGGAAGUGCACUGGACGCUGUGGAGUCAGCUGUGAAGGCACUGGAAGAUAACACAGUGUUUAAUGCAGGGCACGGAGCAGCAUUAAAUAUGGAGGGGGAAGUGGAGCUGGAUGCCAUCAUCAUGGAUGGAAGGACACUUGCCAGUGGUGCUGUGUCUUCAGUGAAGAACAUUGCCAACCCUGUGUCACUGGCACGGGCAGUGAUGGAAAAGACUGACCACAUCAUGCUGACAGGGAGAGGAGCAAACCUAUUUGCAGAGAGCAUCGGUGUGGUCACAGUUCCCACUCAUACACUGGUUACCCAGUAUGAGAGAAAAGAAUGGGAGAAGCACAAGGGUUAUGUUACAGGUGUGAUGGAAGAUUUCAACUCUCAGUGGGCUCAUGAUACUGUUGGUGCAGUUGCUGUGGAUUGUGCCGGAAAUGUGGCAUGUGCAACAUCAACUGGAGGGAUCCGAAAUAAAAUGGUCGGCAGAGUAGGAGACUCUCCAAUUAUUGGUUGUGGAGGAUACGCAGACAAUUUCAGUGGUGCAGUGUCUUGUACCGGCCAUGGAGAGUCCAUCCUUAAAGUCACACUGGCCAGACUCAUUCUUUCACAUAUUGAACAAGGUAAAUCAGUAGAAGAUGCUUCACAGUUGUCCCUGCGCUACAUGGGAGAGCGUGUCCGGGGUGCAGGAGGAGCUAUUGUAGUUUCUCAAUCAGGGCGGUGGGCAGCCACAUUUUCAACAGAGCGAAUGGCUUGGGCAGCUGUGGAACAAGAUGUUCUGUGGUAUGGUUUAGACCCAAAUGAAAGAAUAAAAGAGCAGUUGUCCCAGUAACCAUUUUAACAGUUUUUAUCCUUAUUAGUCAUAGUACUGAUCCAUGCAAUAGAGAAAUGUAUUUCACAUGUUUUCUACUAAUUGUCUAUCAUUUGUUGUCUGUAGACAAAUCAAAUAAUGAAUCAUUUCUUCCAGGCUUCAGGUGUACAGUGACACAUACAUUGUAACAUAUAGAUUAUGAAUAUUACAGUAUACAAGUCUCAAGAUCUGAGACAUUUUAAUAUUUAGUUAAUACAGCUGAUAGCUGAAUCUCUGAUUCUCUGACAUACAUAAAAUCAGAGCAAAGAACUGCAGCACUGGUUUGAAGUGGAUUCUGGCCAUAGUGUAAAUUUAAAAAAAAUUCAACUUAAGCAACUUGUUUGAUUAGUGGUUUUCAGUUCUGGGCCUUGGAAUGAAGACAUCUGCUGGUUUUCAGUGCUGCCAUAUGCUUAGUGGAUAACUAGUGGAUAGGAUAGAAAACCUACUGUCAUCCUGGGAGUCCCUCUCACUUUUAUUAAUUGUUUAUUUGAUUAGUAGAUAAUCAAUAACAAAGACUGAGUUUAAAGCUGAGCCUGUGAAAUGUUACUUACUUUUUUCCCCCACCAAAUGUUUUUCAGUGUCUUAAAAAGUUGUUUGUUGGUGCUCUUCAAGCACCUCUAGUAAAAUGGACUGUUACCAGGUUCUUAACAUAACAAUGGCCUCAUGCAUGAGCCUCUACUUCAUUGUUGGCCUUGCUUCAUCCUUUGAAACAAUGGCUGCUCAACCAAGAACAAAAUUCCUGCUGUAUGCAAGUGUGAAUCAGAAUUAUAAUUUGAUAGUAGGAUCAUUUGCUCCCAUUGUGACUGAAGAUGUAGGGGCUGCUCUGAAUGGCUGAUCUGCCCCUUUAUUUAAAAAGUGGUUAAAGAGAAAAGCACCAGUUUCAUGUUCUUAGAGCACACACUUACAACAAUAUCACCUCCUAGACUGAACAAUUUAUUUGUAGAAUUUGUAGUAACUUUUUUUUUAAAACUAAUGUUGCAUUAAAAUAAUAUUGUUAAACACAAAAAAUAAUGUUGCUCAAAUUGUCACAACAUCUCUUAUGUAAAAUUAAUUCAUGUGCAUUUACAAUUUUAGUGAUUGCAUUGUAUAUUGGGUUACUUAAAAAAUAUAUCUGAUUGUGUGAUUUUCUAAAAUGAUUAAAAGUUCACAGGUUCUCAAGUCUGUCUUUAGAAAAUAGCCAGGUGCUCCUAAACACUGAAAAUCUUGCCCACAUUUUGAGCAAAAGUGUAAUUAAAAGUUUGUCAGAAGCUAAUGCAAAACUUCAGCUGAGUUAGUUAAAUCAAGUUGAUAUCUUCCACAGUUACAGACUUUUUAGUGACUGCCCUUUUUGUGUCUUGAUGGUAAGCAUUUUGUUAUUCAGCUGCAGUGGAAGGGAUCAUAGCAAAACAUAGAAUUUUGCACUAAAAAUAAAUAAUUGAUUUGGCUACUAUGGACAGCAGGAGCUCCUCAUUUUCUUUAAAUAAACGUUUAAAUAGGCUACGUUUUUGCAUGAGAGGACUGGAUUUUAUCCCCGAUCAUUUACAUUGAAAGUGCAUUAUGGUCAGUAUGAACAGGAGGAAUUGUUAUGACAAUGUGUGCACCUGACAAUUGCCUUAGGAUCGACUUGGAAAACAGUGACCUCAUCCAUUAAGUUGAAAAUCCUGUUGACACCAUAUGUGUCUUAUUUUACACGAAGAAAAAAAAUGCAAUUACUGUAGUAUUAUGAACACUGUAUAAAUGAUUAAUUCUCCUUAUUUCACUUUGACACUCUUGAAAUAAAGUAAACAAAUGAACAGA